GUUAUGAAAAACUAAAAAGUCUCUGAUUUAUUUCUGGUGCUAAAAUAACUCGGUUUCGUUUUGAGGAUAAUGUGUUAUUUCCCGAGAAGAUAUUAUUUCAAGUAAUUCUGUUCUCGUUAAGCCCUGCUCCCAAUAUUAAGGUUUAGAAGUUAAGUAGCCUCAUCAUGGAGUCUAAGAACAAUAAGAACUGUUCAAAAUUUAGUCACAAAAAGCGGUUUCAGAAACCUCAGUUUGAUCAUAAAAAUUAUACGAAAAAAACAUUUAGGCACGUUGACCAGGUAACUGAAACAGAAGUGGGGAUAUCAGAAUUUUUGAGCAAUCUGGAAGGGUUCAGUGGAGUCAUUAAAGCUAGAUACUCAGAUUUUCAUGUGAGUGAAGUGGAUCCAAGUGGUGCAGUAGCAGUUUUGACUAAUACUGAUAUUCCUAAAGAAGAGAAGGUCAUUAUCGAUUAUGCUUCUUUGGAGGAAUCUCCUAUUGAGACAUUACCACAAAACAUAUGGAAGGAUAUCAGAGAAAUGGUGAAGACUAAUUCUAAAGAAUCUGUUAAAUUUGAUGUCAGUGAUUUGGAAAAGGAAGAGCGAAAGAAUUUGCAUACAAAAGUAAAGGGGAUUUUUGGAAAUAAAAUUGACAGUAAUACAAUAGAAGAAGAUGGUAAAAAAUUUGUGAUUUUCAAAAAACCAACCCAGGGUUCUAAGGAAAGGUUCGUUUGGCCUGAGGGUAGAGGUGAUUAUGUCCAUUUCAUACUGUAUAAGGAAGCCCUAGACACAAUGACUGCUUGCUAUAGGGUUGCUGAUGUUACUAAAAUCAGACCUUCAUUUAUAACAUAUGCUGGUAUAAAAGAUAAAAGAGCUAAAACAACACAGUGGAUGUGUGUUAAACAAGUUGAACCUUGGAAGUUGAUCAUCAAAACAAAACCAAUAAGAAGCAUAAAAAUUGGUAAUAUUACAUUUAAAGAUACUCCUCUUAAACUUGGUGAUCUGAGAGGCAACAGAUUCAAAAUUGCUCUGAGAAAUGUAGCUGCUGAAAAUAUAGUUAUUGAAAAAGCUAUAGAACAUGUGAAAGAUAAUGGUUUCAUCAAUUACUAUGGGCUACAGCGGUUUGGGAAUGAUAAAGAAGCGCCAACUUACACAAUAGGCGUUAAACUUCUCUUAGGAAACUGGAAGGAAGCUUGUGAUCUGAUACUGAAACAGAAAAAAUCAGAUGACCCGCAUUCAGAUGUUGGAAAAGCCAAGAAAAUUUUUGCUGAGACUAAAGAUUCUGAAAAGGCUUUCAACUGUUUGAAUAGAAGUAAAAAUAACUGUGUUGAAGCUAAACUCCUUCAGGGAUUAGCGAGAGAAAAGGAUAAUUAUGUUAAUGCUUUAGAAAAUAUACCAAGAAAUAUGAGACUUUUAUACCUACACUCCUUUCAAAGUAUAGUUUGGAAUAAAAUGGUGAGCAUCAGAAUUAAAAAGUAUGGAUUGAAACCUGUUGAAAAUGAUUUGGUUGUUAUUAAUGAUGUAUUUGUUGAAAAUGAAAUAGGAGUUGACGAAUCUUUUGUAGAGAAUUUCAUAGAUGGCAAAGAUGAACAAGAAAAUAACCCUGAGAUACAUAAACAGAAGCAGCAAGUUAAAGCUCUGACUGAGUCAGAAUUAUCAAAAUAUACAAUAUAUGAUAUUGUGUUACCAUUACCUGGUUAUGAUGUUAUAUAUCCUGAAAAUUUGAAGGAGGAAUAUAAGGAAGAAUUGGGAAAAUAUGGUUUAACAUUAGAAAUGCCCAAACAAAGCGUAAAAACAUACACGCUGUCGGGGGCCUACAGAAAAAUUCUGGGUAGUGUUCAAGACCUUAAGUGGAAAGUAAUGAAAUAUAACGAUCCAAAUAAUAGUUUGAUACUGUCUGACUUUGACGUACUCAGAAAAAUUGAGGAACCCAAAGAUAUUCCAGAUGGUAAAUUCAAAGCAGUAAUACUAGAGUUUACUUUGGACGCUUCAGUUUAUGCAACAAUGGUUCUGAGGGAAAUAAUGAAAAUUGACACUUCUCCUAGUGCACAAGUGAAACUGAAUGACUAUGCCAAUCCUAGUGAUGAUUCUGCAAAGAUAGCUGUCACCAAUGGUAGCACCAAAGAAGAAGAAAAUGUAAUCAGCAAUGGACUUAUGCAUAACAGCAUAUUGAAUAACAAAGAAAAAAUGGAAGAAUUUAAAAGAAGUAUAUAUGGAGAUACAACCAAACGUAGAAAUGAAGAAGAAGAAGAUGAUAAGAAGUCUCCUAAGAAACAAAAGACAGACGAUUGAUGAAAUACUUCAUCAGCUUUACCAUUUGUUUUUUAGGUUAAGAUUUUGGAUAUUAUUUAUUUAUAUACCUGACACAAUAAAGAAUAUGUUUUUAUA